UCAGCUUCGGUUGUUAGGAGGAGAGUCUGGCAGGAUGGAAGCUCUCUGACCGCCUUCAGACCUCCGCACAUCUCCGCCAGGCGCAUCACGGUUUCCUAAGCAACGGCAGGCAUACCUGUCGAGCUUCAGGCUCCAGUCAUGAGAAGAGAAAGAAGCUCGCGUCCUCUGUCUGUGCUGGUCUGCUUCAUCGCUCUGUGGCAAACACGGUCGAGAGCAGUUGGUAAUUCAAAACAGAACUCCAAAGACAUCGCAACAUUUACCAAAAUCCUGGACAGUCUCCUGGAUGGGUACGACAACAGACUCAGACCUGGCCUUGGAGACCGAGUGACAGAAGUAAAGACAAAUGUCUAUGUGACCAGUUUUGGACCAGUGUCUGACACAGAUAUGGAAUACACAGUGGACGUCUUCUUCCGUCAAAGCUGGUUGGACGAACGGCUGAAGUUUCAUGGACCAAUGAACACCCUUCCUCUCAACAAUCUGAUGGCCAGUAAGAUUUGGACCCCUGACACAUUCUUUCAUAAUGGCAAGAAAUCUGUGGCCCACAACAUGACCAUGCCCAACAAACUCCUGAGGAUCAUGGAGAAUGGAACGUUGCUCUACACCAUGAGGUUAACAGUUCAAGCUGAGUGUCCCAUGCAUCUGGAGGACUUCCCCAUGGACUCACAUUCAUGUCCUCUUAAGUUUGGCAGCUAUGCCUACACAAAGACAGAGGUAACUUACAUUUGGACAAGAAAUGCCUCCCAGUCAGUAGAUGUAGCAGAUGAUGGGUCCAGGCUCAACCAGUAUGACUUGGUUGGACAGACUGUUGGAAAGGAGACCAUUAAAUCCAGCACUGGUGAAUACACAGUGAUGACGGCUCAUUUCCACUUAAAACGGAAGAUUGGAUACUUUGUGAUCCAGACGUAUCUGCCCUGCAUCAUGACAGUCAUUCUAUCCCAGGUUUCCUUCUGGCUCAACCGGGAAUCAGUGCCUGCUAGAACAGUGUUUGGAGUGACCACAGUUCUCACAAUGACGACCCUGAGUAUUAGUGCCCGUAACUCUCUGCCAAAGGUGGCCUACGCUACUGCCAUGGACUGGUUCAUUGCAGUCUGCUAUGCUUUUGUCUUUUCUGCUCUCAUUGAGUUUGCCACUGUUAACUACUUCACCAAGCGAGGCUGGGCUUGGGAUGGAAAAAGUAUUGUCAAUGACAAGAAAAAAGAAGCGACUGUCAAGAAGGAGAAGAACACCUACGCCGUAGCUGUGGCAAACUACAAGCCCAACAUCACUAAAGACUCAACACUGCCCACCAUCUCCAAGUGCACUCUGAACGAGCCCAACAAGAUCACAGGAGGAACGAAGCCCGAGCAGAACAAGAAAACCUUCAACAGCGUCAGCAUAAUCGACCGCAUCUCCCGUAUUAUGUUCCCUGUGUUGUUUGGCACCUUCAACCUAGUCUAUUGGGCCACUUACCUGAAUAGAGAAAAAGUAAUCAAAGACCUGGAUCCAUCUAAAUGAACAGCAAGGGCCCAGCACAACAACAUGUCACACAUUCAAGACAACAACGCUUAAUUACAGCUGCUUUGGUUACAUAAACCAACCUUCGCUCAUUACUGGACACAGUUUUCUGCCAGUAUAGAUACACAUUUCUAAAUAACUUUAGAGUACACAGAAUUUUCAUUAAAUCUUUUCUUAAAGAUAUAUUAUGAAGAAAUCAUAUAAAAUACUGCAUAAACCAGGAUAACUGAAAUGCUGCAGGGUAUAGUGUUCUGCGGUUCCCCUCAGGUUCAAAGAGGUGUUUUCUCUUCACCUUUACUAAGUUUACAAAAGCUCUUAGAAAAAUAACUGUCCACAAUCUGCUUGGAACCAAUCAGCAAAAAGAUGAGGCAAUCAGAUGUUUAUGAUAUCAGGUGAGCUGUUCAGUUUAUGGGAAUGAGCAUUCCAAGAAAAAGUACUACAAUAAUCACAAAUAGUUGAUUUUUUUUUUUUUUUUUUUUUUUUUUUCAAAUACUGUGUAAACACACUCAGACAUAUAUAUUGAUAUAUAGUUUAGCCCAAAUAUUUACAUACAUUGUAUGAAAGGAAGCUGCAUGGUGGCACAGUUGUUAACACUAUAACACAGGUUUUGAUGCCCAGCCUCAGUUUUUUUUUUAUGCAUGGAGUUUGCAUGUUCUCCCUGAGCAUGGAUGGGUUCUCCCCAGGUACUCCAGCUUCCCCCCACAUUCCAAAAACAUGAUGGUUUGGUAAAUUGGUUACUCUAAAUAGCCCCUAUAAAUGUGUGUGUCCGUGUAUUAUUUGUCCUGUUUGUCUCUGUGUUGCCCCGUGAUGAACUGGUGACUAUUUCCAGGGUGUACACCUCCCAGGCUAUCAAUCCAGCUCGAUGACUUCUGAAGGUAAGCACCCCCGGAUCCUGCAAGGAUAAUAGAUAGAUGUGAUAAAUGAUGUAUAAUAAUUUUUUCUCAAUGUCUCAUAUUAACACCAAAUUUUCUUGUUUUUGAUCAGUUUACAUACAGUACAGACCAAAAGUUUGGACACACUCUCUAACUGAAUUAAAUUAGAAUUGAAUUAGAAGGCGUUAGAAUUCAAUUAGAAUUCUAACUGAAUUCUAAUUGAAUUCAAUUAGAAAGUGUGUCCAAACUUUUGGUCUGUACUGUAUGUAGCACCAACAUAGCACCAAUUCUAUAAUGCUGAUUCACAACAAAUGCCAUGUCAAAGCACUUUACAAAAUAGACAAAUCCCAUUGAUUGACAGAAAUAUAAAGUCAAUUCAAUCCAUCACAUAGACAGAUUUAAAAUUAACUGCAAUAACUGUUUAAUCCUACAAAAAACAAAGCAGUAAAGUUCAGUUUAUUAGGUCAAUCGGUAAAAUAUUUUCCAUCUAAGGAAACCUAGCCAAUUGCUUCAAGUUGUUAACGUUGCAGAAAUCGCUCAUACAUGUGGGGAAAGUGGAAAGGAAAACUCCCUCAUGUACACCCUGAGAGCCUGGGGUCAAGGCAUCCCAAGCUUCUGAUUUCUUAAUGUACGACAUUUGAAUUAAACAGAAAAAUGAGGAUGUAUGUCAAGGCAACAUCUCAAACACACUGUGUCUUUGUGUGAAAACCAAAAUAAAUUAGCCAAGAUUUAGUUUGGCAGAUUUAUUUUUGCCAACAUAAAUCAGUCAAGAUAUUAGUAAGAGAGUACUUACUAAUAUCUUGUAAGUACAUUCGUAAGUCAAGAUAUUAAUAAGAGAACUGUGGAUAUUCCUAAGUCUGGUCCUUCCAUGGGAACAAUGUUGAGAUUCCUGAAGAUAUCAUGUUGUAGAAAACUGAUUGAAACAAUUAUGUAAGUAUAAUCACCAUGGAUGUCCAACCAUUAUGCUGUUCAGAAAGGCGUCAGAUUCUGUUUCCCAGAAAAAAGCAUGUUGUUGUGCUAAAUGUUUGAAUCAAACGUAGGACAUAUUUUGUAAAAAUGGUGACUACAGUAGCUAAUAGUGGUAUUUUCCACAGUGAAACUCAUCUUUUACUCCAUGGACUACGAGGCCACUCAGAAAGGAAGAAGUCAAAACUCAAAAAGCAAUAUAGAGUUCACACUGUGCAAAUACACUCAGUGGAGAUGCUAAUUAGUGGAGAUGUGCUUUUGUCUGAUGAACACUAAAUGGAAAGAUGCCCAAUGAUUCAAAUGUUAAUUAUUACAUUUGGAAGAAAAGAGGGAAAAAUAGGGGAGGAAAAUAGUGUUAUGUGGGAAUAGUGACGCAAAAUCUCAAAACAUCAGUCAGAAAGUUAAAGUUUGGGUGCAAAUGGGUCUGACAAAGAGGCGAUGACUGAGUCAUGUUGCCAAAUUAAUCAUGAAGUGUCUUAAGUAGAAAAAAAUACUGAUUUGAAGUGUUCAUUACAAAGCCUUGAUUUCAACCACUUAGAAAAUUCUAAGUGGUUGAAAAGGAGUGUAUGAACAAAGUGACCUACAAACCUGGCUCAGUUACAUCAGUUCUGUGAUGACAAAUUACAACACAAUAUCAUGAGAAACAUUUUUUCAUAGAUAGGUUUAAAAGAAGGUAAUUAUAACAAAAAGAAAAAUAUAAAUUCCCUCUUUAAACUGUCUUACUUUUAAUUCAAGAAUCUUACAAACAAAAAUAAUUUUUGCUUUUCUAACUGACCUGAAAUAAGAACUUUACUCAGAUCUUAUAUUAGUGAGAACAAAAUGUUAUGUUUUUAUUCAGUGCAUUUAAGUAUCUGGUUACAACUGUAAUUUGGACCAGAACCGCUGCCUGGUGGAAAUGUUGCUAUCAGUGUGUUUUUAGGAGGUGGCAGUGGACUAAAGAAACUCCCUUUAAUAUGAUGUCCAUAAAUAAAACUCAUACAUAUCAAACUUUAACAACUAGUUGAACACUUGCACAUCAAUACCUACCCCUACUUUCUCAGAGGACAGAAGAGUUUUUCGCAUCCAUUGUAGUUGUGACUAUAUUGAAAAAUUAACAACAAUAAUAGGCCUUAUAAACCUUAGUAAUAAGAUCUAAAUAAAAGCGAUACUUUGAGAACUGUAAAAAGAGAAAUCGAAGGGUUUACAUAUUGUAGCAGUAAUCCAACAAAGUUUUCAUUCAACAUCAAACCUAAAUAUACUAGGUUUUCACUUCUGCUGACGCUUUCAGAUGAAGUGUGGUAGAAAUAGGUUUGGAGACUUCACUGUGUUACAGUUUGUACAGCUGUUUGAUGUAGCAAAGCAGUUGAAACCAGCUUACAAAUCAUCUGUUCGCUUAUGGCUAGCUAAUACCUGCAACUCAGCUGAAACGUAAAGAUAUUAUAGGUUCAAAUGCAGUGCGGAUGAACUUUAUAUGUUGGUAAUGGGCCAAGAGAAUGAGGAUUUCUCUACAUAUGGAGGUGACCUCUGUAAGCAUGAAGGUCCAUAUAUCUUUGGAUAGUAAAUCAGAGUGAUUGGUUAAUUGUGGCUUAAUCUGUAGUAGUUACAGUAUUGUUCAAUUUUGUUCCCAAUGUCCUAUGAGCUUUACCCCCAAAAUUUAACAUUUUUUCAGAAUGUCUGUUUAACAGAGAACCCUGAACCUGAACUUGCUGGAGGGAAUGAAUGUCAUUUCUGACCUGAGAACACUUUACAAUCCCCUGAAAAGCUCCAGGAAUAAGCUAAGGGAACUCUAAAUUCAAAAAGGGGAAUUAAUUUCCGAUAUCCAACAGAGAUUUGACAAGGAAGCAAGUUCUUUCAAGUGAAAGUCAUUACUGAGAAACAGAGUACUUGACAUGUUAUGCUUCAAGAAACACUAGUCAAAUGUAGCAUGAUUGCCUCUGGAAAAUAAGCUCAGAGUCUACAAGCCAACAGUUACUUUGCAGAUGUAGAAAUUACUGGUACUAAUGUGUUUUACACCCUGAUUUAUUUUCUAAAUACUGCUUGGGCAUUUUGAGCAUGUGCCUUAAUCAACCAGCAGAUGAGUGCUUAAUGAAAUUCUCGGCUGUCUGGCAGUGGAUUUUAAAUUUUGAUUUCAUGUUUUGUUGCAUCCAUUGUCUAGUAUAAUGCGUAUCCAAGUCUUUUACUUCAAUUUAAUACUUAAUGUGAAGUCCUCAUCUCCAUUUACGUAAGACAAGAAAAGAACCUUGUUGUGGGUGGAAGACAGUGUCCUCCACAGUUAGGCAGAUUCCAAAACUGGUUAAGGAUUUCUAUGUGACAUCACUUAUCACAGUGAUGUUUAUGUUGCCAUUUUGGAUGUCAGCAUGCCAACAUAAAAAGGGUAAGACAAACUGUCAAGAAUGUUUCUGAGUUUUAAGUGAGACAGGACAAUGUGUUGCUAUGAUGCCAGUAUUGAAUUAUCGAGAAGCUCCAUCAUUUUCAUUGCCAAACAGAAAAUGCUAAAGAGAAGGAGUACUUAUGGAGUUGCCAGAGUUUAGUAAUCCCAAUACCUCAUCACCGUGCCAGGUAUUUUUGCUUGGCAGAAUAAGCUAAGUUACCCAGCCUGCAGGAUAGAUCGAAGCUGAGAACAGGCCUGGCUGAAGAAUUACAAACACUUUACCUUCACUAAUUGUCUUUUUGACAGUUUGCACAAUCCAGAAAUCUGAUUCAACCAUUUAACUCUCAGCAGCAAAUAAACAAUGUCUACAAAAUAGUCAUCUUUUCUAUCUGAAUUAGAUUGUUUUACAGCAGCACAGCUGGUGUCUGUCCCAAAACUUUAUUUCACUUCUGUGGUUAUCAGAUCAAUAUUUAUAGUUAAGGUAGAUAUCCAGUCUAGUAGUUUAUGUUACAUAACAAGUUCUGCAGUUCUGCAAAAAAGCAUUUCCCCUUUUACGGAAUUUUUGUUUUUGUUACUUCUCACACUUUCAUAUUUCCAAUUAUAAGACUGAUUUCAUAUGGAAAACAGUUUUUAACCAACAAUGUUAAAAAUAGCAUUUAGGAACACAGCUAUCUAAGCUGAACCCCUGUAUUACAGGGGGUAUUUUCAAAGAAGAGUUUGUUAAAAUUCAUGCACAGUGAUGUAAAAGAAUAAUUGCCAAUUGCUGUAAAUGUUACCGGUGACAGAACCACUAGGUAGAUUCAAACAGUCAUAGAACCACACAGUUUAAAUCUAUAAGAGGGUAAAUACUUUUUGACAUCAAAGUAUAUCAUGUGACAUAAGCUGUGCUACUUAUAGUUGUGAUAACCAAUGAAAUAACAUUGAAUAUUUUGUUGUGUUGCUGUAAGAUGUUCUAAUCUCUCAGGAAAGAAAAAAAAUAUGUGUGGAAAAUAUGUUUUUCACAGUAUUUCCCAAUGGCACAGCUGCAGAUCCUCUGUCUGUGCUUGUGGCUUUUGUAUUUUUAUGUGUCUGCUAACACUUGCAGGGAUGAUAUGGACCCAGUGUUUCUAGAUGUAACGAUCUAGUUUUUUCUUCAACAUCUGUGCUGCAGUUAACAGUCUACAGCCAACACGGGUGUUAAUAGAAGUUUGAGCUUACCCUUGUCACCUUCUUACUUUCUAUGAAGAAAACAAUGAUGUCAUGCUACAAAAUGCUAUAAUAGUAAACCAAACUUUGAAAUUUCUUCACCACACCAACAAUAUGUUCAUUUGGUAAUUUGUGCUCUUCUCUCUGCUUCAACUGUUGCAAAUCAAUGUGUGCUAUUUCAGUAGUUUAGGUUUGUAUAAUGCAUACUUUUUCAUGAGGCAGCAGAAAGUGAAAAGUGUAGUAAAAAUCAAUAAGAUGUUGGCUCAUUAGGUCACAGUAAUGUGGCCCUGGAUUACCAACAUUUUUUUUUUGUAAUUCUUUUAAGACUUCACUGCUCAGCGUGUAGCUUUUUCAAAGCACAUGCUAUCCAUCUUUCCUUCUCUAGUUUUAAGUUGCAUACUAUGAAAGAUUGUUCUGAUUGGAUGCACGUGUUUGUUUCUAUCAAAUUUGUACUUGCUGUCUUGAUGUCUGUCUUUGUGGUGUUAUUGUUUUUGUUUAUUGGCAUUAUUCUAUAAAAAAUGUAGCACUUAGAAGGACUUACUCUCCUAUACAUUCCCUUCAACAAAAAAACACUGUGUUAGCACUAAAAUAUAUUGAAUACUAUGUAUGUGUAAAAUUGCAAUCCUUUUAAAUGACAUUUCGUUGAAAGCAACUUUUAUGCAUCUAUCAUAUGUGUAGCUAUAUGAACACUGUGCUUUUGAGAUACUUUACAAUUUAUUGGUAUUUUAGAGGAGUGAAGAUAUUUUGUUUAUGCACAUUUAUGUAUGCUUGAAACUUUCUGUGUAUGAUUACCAAAAUAGGAGUCUUUUUGUGCUGUUGUAUUUUCAAAGAAGACUAAAUAUUUCUGUAAUAAAGAUGAUGCA